GGUUUUAGCACUUUUCCAAUUCCCAAUUCAAGUUUCCUAAUUUCUUCUUCGAGGGUUUUUCUUUUAGCUCCGUACUAUCAUCAUCAGCCAUGAGGAAGCUCAAGUAUCACGAGAAGAAGCUGUUGAAGAAAGUCAACUUCUUGGAAUGGAAGAGGGACGGAGGUCACAGAGAAGCCCGGGUUAUGCAGCGAUAUCAUGUCACCGGUCGCGACGAUUACAAGAAAUAUUCGGGUUUGUGUCGAAUGGUGCAUAGGCUGGUGAACAUUUUGAUGAAGAUGGAUGGGAAGGACCCUUUUCGUAUUGAAAUGACCGACACGCUUUUGGAAAAAUUGUACAAUAUUGGUGUGAUACCAUCUAAACAAAGCUUGGUUUUAUGUGAGCGAUUAACGGUCUCUGCUCUCUGCAGACGCAGGCUUUCAACCAUUAUGGUGCGCUUGAAGUUUGCCGAGCACUUGAAAGAGGCCGUCACAUACAUUGAGCAGGGACACGUACGAGUUGGUCCGGACACAGUUACCGACCCAGCAUUCCUUGUGACAAGGAAUAUGGAAGACUUCAUUACAUGGGUAGAUUCCUCAAAGAUAAAGAGAAAGGUGCUUGAAUACAACGAUCAGUUGGAUGAUUACGAUGCAAUGAACUGAGAGAGCCAGAAAGGCGCUUGGGGGCUGAAAUAAAUUAUUCAACAUUCGUUAUCAUUCAUAUCAAGAUGUUGUAGUUUUUUGCUCGACUAGGGAAAAGAAGAAGAAGCCCAUAAAACUGUUUACUCUGAAAUGUCUUAUGAUCACAUCAAUGGUCGCCUUAGUUGUCUUCUAUAAGGGGUCCACCUGGUUGACAUAACUCAGGAGAACUAUAUUGCAGUUCUUUGGGUUUAUUAUAUUUGUCGUUUUUUUUGAGAAAUUAUUGCAACUAAAAUUUUCUAUUCCUGAAUUCACUCUUUUGGGGAAGAAGUCUAUCAUUAUAUUUGAACUGAUAAGUGGUCAUCAACGGUAACCCAAAAUUUAUUUUC